AACAAAUAAUUGGAAAUAUUGUCUCAUUCACGGUUUAGGAACUAUACUUAAAAUAGGUUUUCUGUUAGAUAGUUUUGAUGGGUACUCAUUCAUAAAAUGCCAUUCUUCCGUGUAUCCUUGCACAAAAUUCUGUUUUGUUGUUUACUUUGUGUGUUGCGGAAACCGCAAGGUUACAACUUUUAAGAAUGUUGUCAAUUUCUGUAACUCAGCGUCUGGUAAGGAUCUCUGUUUUUGUUUUGCUUGCUUGCUUGUCUUCCAAUGGCGAAUCAACUCAAGAAUCCCUUUCCAACAUUAAAAGGUCAGAUUUUCCAAAUGAUUUUCUUUUUGGAGCAUCAACUGCUGCUGCGCAGACUGAAGGAUCGGCUAAAUUAGGAGGCAAAGGACCAAGUGUUUGGGACCAAUUUAUUCGAGAAUACCCGGACAGAAUAAUAGACAAAAGCAACUUGGAUGUAGCUGCUGAUUCAUAUAACCGCUACAAGGAAGAUGUAUCGAUUUUGAAAGACCUCGGCGUUAAUUCCUAUAGAUUUUCCAUAGCUUGGACAAGGAUUUUGCCUGAUGGAACUUUGAGUGGUGGAAUAAAUCAAGAGGGUAUCGAUCAUUACAACAGUUUCAUCGAUGAGUUGAUUAAAAAUGACAUCAAGCCUGUUGUGACACUUCUGCACUUUGAUCCGCCGGAAGCCCUUGAAAAGAAGUAUGAAAGCUUCUUAAGUAAUAGAAUUGUGAAUGAUUUCAAGGACUAUGCUGAAAUUUGUUUUAAAACAUUCGGAGAUCGAGUUAAAUAUUGGAUUACAAUUAAUGAGCCACUAAUUAUGGCUAAAAUGGGGUAUGCCAUGGGAGUGGCCCCACCAGUUAGAUGUUCAGACAGGAAAAUGUGUGUCAAUGGUAAUUCAGGUACUGAACCUUACAUUGCUUCCCAUAACCUUCUGCUUACCCAUGCAACAGCUGCUGAUCUUUACAAAAAAAAGUACCAGGAAACACAAGGAGGACAAAUUGGAAUAACCCUUAAUUCUCAUUACUGUGAGCCAUAUACAAACACAUCCCUUGAUAUAGAGGCGGCAAAAAGAGCCAUGGAUUUUGAGUUGGGAUGGUAUAUGGAACCAUUAACGCAUGGAGAAUACCCAGAAACCAUGAGAAGUUUGGUUAAAGACAGGCUACCUGUUUUCACUGCAGAACAAAAGAAGCUUGUUAAAGGAUCUUUUGAUUUCAUUGGAAUCAAUUAUUAUACUUCAAGAUAUGCUAAAAACAUUCCACCUAAUCCAAAUGAACCAGUUAGCUACUUGGUAGAUCCAAAUGUGAAUGUCUCGAUUGACAAAGAUGGAGUCCUUAUCGGUCCAAAUGCAGGAGGGAGUAUGUUUAUUUACGUUUAUCCUGAAGGGCUUUAUAAACUUUUGGAGUUUAUUCGAGAAAACUACAGCAAAAACCUUGCGAUUUAUAUUACUGAGAAUGGUUAUACGGAAAAAAGCAACAUCAGCUUGCCAUUCUCCGAGUCACAAACGGAUCGCAUCAGAAUUGAAUUUGUUCAAAAACAUUUGCGUCAACUCGAAAUUGCAAUAAAAAAUGGUGUGAAUGUCAAAGGAUAUUUCUAUUAUAGUUUAGUUGAUUCUUUCGAAUGGGGUGAAGGUUACACAGUCAGAUAUGGACUUUAUCAUGUUGACUUCAAAACUUUCAUUCGCUCACCUAAGGAUUCUGCAAAGUGGUACCGUGAUUUUAUUAAAGAUGUAAAAGGAUAAAGAUCAAUCUCUUUUUUCAAUAAUACCAAUAUAAACUUGUAUAAUAAAUAAACAUACAAAUUAUGUUCAUGUAUAUUGUUCUAAUACGAGCUUUAUAUUGAACCAUCUCUUUCUCUCUCUAUAUAUCUCAAUACAACAUUGAUAUUUGUUAAUUAUAUUUAUGCCAGUUAGAUUCGAGUUCUGUUUAUAUAUAUAGUUUAUGGGAAAAA